AUGUCUUCAAGGAGUUUGCCCGCUUCCGCUGUCCGCACCUUUGCUCGUUCGCGACGAGUGCCUCUCUCGCAACUCAGAUCUCGGGUGUCGUUCUCGAAGGCAAGACGCAUUUCCCACAAGGCCUCAGACUAUGCUGCUACUCACCAGGCAUGGAAGAGACAGUCCGCCGUCAUAAUUGCUGCAGCAGCCACCGUUGCUUUAGUCUACACAACCACCCAGUUUCGCGCCGUCCAAGCAGAAGCUCCUCCCUCAGAUGCCCAAGAGAUCGUAAUCGAAAAAUCUAAGAAGAGAAAGGGUGCUUCAAAAGAAGAGAACAGGGAUCUCAUCAGCUCUCAGCAUCUUCAAGUCAAGAAGAGCUGGGAGAAUCCUGGGGUAUAUGCUUGGGGAUCAAAUACCGGCCGGGUUGUGGCCCCAGGGUCAGAUGAGGCAUAUGUCAAGACGCCGCGACGAUUGAGCUGGUUUGAUGAUAUCCUGCUCCGAGAUCUUAAGAUUGACAGGGAUUUUGGUGCAGCAGUCCUGGAGAAUGGAGACUUGGUGCAAUGGGGCAAUGCAUAUUCGGAAGACGUAAGGCAGCCGACGGCCACUCUGACGGGCAAGAAUUUGACGUCCAUUGCAAUAUCGAAAGAUCGCAUUAUCGGUCUGGACAAAAACGGAACCGUAUAUUCGAUCCCAGUCUCCAAGGCGGAUCAGGAAAGCGGGCACAAACAGAGCGAUAGUUCUUGGAUUCCUUUCUGGAAUUCGAAGUCGUCAAUCAGCUACAGAAAGCUUGAACCUCGGAAUUUGGGAGUGGGAGAACGAGUCAUCGCCAUCAGCGGCGGCCUUGAACACGUCCUCCUACUCACAAACUCGGGACGGGUCUUCUCUGCCGCUUCGGGAACGGAGGACUUCCCUAGUCGUGGACAACUGGGCGUUCCGGGAGUGACAUGGCUCACUCGUCCUGAAGGCCGAUAUGACAUGUGCCACGAACUAACGACUCUGAAGGGCUUCGAGAUAACUAAGCUUGCCUCUGGAGACCACCACUCCCUUGUGCUCGACAAAGAAGGCCGUGUCUUUGCUUUCGGUGACAACUCCUCGGGCCAACUUGGCUUCGACUUCAACCCGGAAGCCGCCAUCGUCGACACGCCUUCUCUCCUGCCUACCACUCGUCUCUAUCAAGGCACCAAUCAAUCCUCCAAAGUCACGUCCAUUGCUGCUGGCGGCUCAAACAGUUUUUUUACAAUCGACGCGACCCGCAUCGCUGGCCAGGAUGAAGAUCCCAACUCAAUCUCAACCUUGGGGAAAGUCACGGCCGAUACAUGGGCUUGCGGACUGGGCAUUAGGGGGACCCUAGGAAACGGAAAAUGGACACAUAUCCAAGGCACCCCUACACGUAUUCCAUCCUUGUCGGGCCUCUUCGAGUACGACGAAAAGACCCAAAAAGUGGUGCCGAUUCGAAUGUCCCAGAUCUCGGUCGGUAGCACUCACGCCUCCGCUGUGCUCAAAAACGUGACCUAUCUGGAUGCCUCGGAAAGGUCCUCGGAAGACGACACAAACUGGGGGUCUGAUGUUCUCUGGUGGGGAGGAAACGAAUUCUACCAGCUGGGUACGGGCAAGAGGAACAACGUGCCAAUUCCCAUGUACAUACGGCCAUUGGAUAUGGCUAGUGAAGUUGAGAUGGGGAGAAAGGAGGAGCAUAGACUGCAUUUGACACCAAUGCACGAUGUACGGUUGAAGGGGAGCGGGAGGAAAGUAAGAAUUGAGCAGCGCGUGGUGUGCGGGAGGAACGUUACGGCUGUGUACUCGGCUGUUUGA